AUGGCCAACCCCCUCGAUCUGCAGACGUUCAAACCACUAGAAGGGGAUUCCGGGAGGACUCGCACCUUUGUGUUUCGACCUCUUGCCAAAGGUAAAAAUCUGUCGAUUUCCCCUCAUAGGUACCAAAGCCUUCCAGUUGCACUUAGUCUGGAUCUUGUUGGUUUCACUGCGGACAACAGCUAUGUAGCUGAUCGUUUGCUAAGGGAGACACGUCUGGAAGAGAUGGUCGCGUACUGGAAACGAGAGCACGCUGAGAUCGAGAACAAGUCAAACGGCGCUCCGUUGGUACGUUCCAGCCCGCAUAGAAAUACUUCUCCCACACGGGCGACAACUUCGAAGCCACUCGUAAUCGAAGACUCGCUCAAUGACCCCAGUACGUGUCCACCAAAAGCCAUCUUGGAAUCCGCAAGGCCAGUGGACAAUUCGAUUAUCCCCGCCUCAGCAAAAUCGAAUGCCAAGAAGACGCCACGAAGCCCGCCGACUACCUGCAACUGUCCCCUGAAGCAUCGCAAGGCUCCUCGACGGGUGCCAAGUUCCAAGGAUGGAGAAAAUGGCGGUGUUGAUGGCACCCACUUAAAGCUAAAGCGGCUACCCAGAGCCAAGCGGGCGCAAGAUGACGAUGAGCCACCAGACCCAGAGCCUUCUGAGAAAUCGCAGGAGACCUUGGCGGUGGAAUGCUCCCAGUGUACGCAACUCAAGGCCCCUCCUAGAGGCAAGAAGAUUGCCUUUAGGAAGUCUCGUGGGCGCUUCAUGUACGUUCCUCAGAGUGCACCAGGCGACGAUGACGCCGAAGACACAGCUCGGAACGACCGGUCCCAGCAGAUGGAUGAAGUUGACGAGGAGAUUGUGCCACAGAGCGUCAAGAUGGCUGACCCUGCUCCGAGUAAGCAUGCCAUUCGUCGGGCAACAGAGACUCCUGCUCCAGAGGAUCGUCCCGUAUUUCGACUGGCGACCAAAGAGCCCGAAAAGAGACCAGAAGACGUACAAAUUGAACGUAGCUUCGCUCCAGCAGAUGUACCAAUCCCAGGAGCUACGGCGACGAAUGCGAGCGUUACGAACCAAGUCAGUGGCCAGGAGCCUCAGACUGUCGAGGAAGCGCCAUUCACGGAACAACCCAUCAUCCCCCACGAUGGCGCAGCACCAUCCGAGAUGGUAGUUGACAAUGCUCCUGUCAUCGAAGCUGUACGCGAAGACUCUAGAGCUGCCGCAGAAGUGAUAGCAACGAACCAUUCCACCGCCUCCAGCGAACAGCCUGUGCCUUCCGAAGAAGCAAGUCGUGAUACAUCGGCCAGCGACGCCAUCGUCCCAAACUCAUCAGCCGCGUCCCAGGUUGCCACAGGAACGGAAUCGAAGAAGCGAUCUUCUCCAGCGCCUGUUGAGGAGCGUCCGGCGAAGCAGCAGCGGAUCGAUGUUGAUCUUACGGGGGACGACGACUUGGUUCAUGUGAAGAGCGAAGUAUUCGAAGAUCGCGAACAGAGUGCAGCAAAGGGUAUGUCCAAAGUAGAGGAAGAAGCCGAGCUCGAAGCAGAUCUUGAAGAUAUUCGAUUACAACGAAUCGAUAUAAGACUCGCGCGGGAGGCUGCAGAGAAGUCGCGGAACUUGCGGCGCUUGAGAGAGAGCCGCAGUGGUGCGGCUGCUUGA